AUGAACGCAAUCAUCUCAAGGACAAGCCUUUUCAAGAAGCGAAAGAGACAGUCAUCGAAGAAACCUCCUCUGGGAUCAUCUUCUUUCCUUACGCAGAAGAGUGUCUCGGAUACAUUUGAUGACCAACAAGAAAGUGCCGCCUCUGAGCAUCAAAGGCGAAGAGAACUGGAAUGCAUCCUGCAUUUGGUGGAGGGAUGCCGGCUGGCAAACAUUCCUGCUUCUUCAAGCAUGAUCUUUCGCUUCGCAUGCUACUACAACUUUGACUACGAGGUGUCUAGAAGUGCCCUUUUGCAAAGAUUUGAUGAUCCACAUCUUCACCUUCGAAUGGAAGGUGAAAUGAUCAAGCAGUUCCAAAACUUGGUUCUUUUCCCACUUCCAGGUCUCAGAACCAAGAACAAUCAUCAGGAAGUGCUAUACUUUCACGCAUGCCGCCACUUCCCAGCGGAGACCGAUACUGAAGUGCUCAUUAAUAACAUGUGCUACGUCUUCAACGAUAUGAGCUUGUCUCAAGAACAGUGUCGUAACGGGGUUGCACUCCUCAUUGAUUUGAACCAGUGGACUUUCAAGAACUUCACACCCGAAUGCGCCAACAAGUUUCUCAAGGCAAUGCAACAUCAAGUACCGACAAAGCUAGCCACCAUUUUGAUAGUGAACGGGCCGCGCUGGUUUCCAAAAGUUUAUCGUUGUGUGUUCAAAAAAAUGCUGUCCACAACACUUGUUAAGAAAGUUCACAUCAUAAAACAGUCAAAGUACUUGCAAGACUAUCUGAUGGAUGGUUAUGGAAAGUACUUGCCAUUGGAAAUGUCACGUGGUGGGCAAAACUCAAGUGAGAUUUUGGAAGACUACAUGGACAGGAAGAUUUAUGAAGAGUCAAGCAACUACAGCAUGGGCUAA